ACGCCAUUUUCCUUUUUCAUUUAUAUAUAGAAAUAAAUAAAUAAUAACGGUAAUUAUAUACAACUUGAUUGCAAUUGUCUGCUCAGUAACAGCUCAUCUUGGCGAGGCGGAGACACAUGCCGACAGUAGAUCUGGUGGUCGAUUGAUCGGUGUUGAUGUUGAUUUAGUUGAUCUCGGAGCUGGCGGUUAUUGCGGCGGCCAUUGGAUCGUGAGGGGUGGUUCUGCUAAUUGGGGAUGUUAAAGGAGGUUCGUAAUUAGCUAGUUGUGAUCCCAUCGGUUUUUCUUGUCCAAGUCAAGUACCAAUGGAAUCUGAAGUAGAAACCAAGGGUAAAACCUUGAAGAACAUGAGCAGUCAGGUGUGCCAGAUCUGUGGUGACAACGUGGGGGUGACUGUUGAUGGCGAUCCAUUUGUUGCUUGUGAUGUCUGUGCAUUUCCAGUCUGCCGGCCAUGCUAUGAAUAUGAGAGAAAGGACGGGAAUCAGUCUUGCCCUCAGUGCAAAACCCGAUACAAGAGACACAAAGGAAGCCCUGCAAUUCGUGGCGACAGGGAAGAAGAUGAUGUUGCUGAUGACGGCGGUGAUGAUCUUCACUAUUCAGAAAAUCAGAAUGUUGAGAAGAAAAUCUCAGAACGCAUGUCUAGCUGGCACAUGAAACAUGGGCAAGGAGAAGCGGAUGAUGCACCAAAGUAUGAUAAGGAAGUCUCCCACAACCACAUUCCUUUGCUUACAAACGGAACAGAUGUUUCUGGAGAACUUUCUGCAGCAUCACCUGGGCGCCUUUCAAUGGCAUCUCCUCCUCCUGGUGGUAGUGGAAAAUCUAGGAUUGUCGAUCCUGUGAGGGAGUUUGGAUCCCCUGGCUUAGGCAAUGUUGCCUGGAAAGAAAGAGUUGAUGGUUGGAAGAUGAAACAUGAAAAGCCUGCUGCACCGAUGACUGCAAGCCACCCUCCUUCAGAAAGGGGAGCUGGGGAUAUUGAUGCAAGCACAGACAUAUUAGUCGAUGACUCUCUACUGAAUGAUGAAGCUCGACAGCCUCUAUCCAGGAAGGUUUCCAUUCCAUCGUCUAGGAUAAAUCCUUACAGGAUGGUUAUUGUCUUGCGGUUGGCAAUUCUCUGCAUUUUCUUACAUUACCGAAUAACGAAUCCUGUUCCCAAUGCGUAUGCUUUGUGGUUGAUUUCUGUAAUCUGUGAGAUAUGGUUUGCUAUAUCCUGGAUUCUGGAUCAGUUCCCAAAGUGGCUACCAGUAAACCGUGAAACAUAUCUCGACAGACUUGCUAUCAGAUAUGAUCGUGAAGGAGAACCAUCACAAUUGGCUGCUGUUGACAUAUUUGUCAGUACUGUCGAUCCUCUAAAGGAGCCUCCUCUUGUUACAGCUAAUACAGUUUUAUCAAUUCUCUCGGUGGACUAUCCAGUAGACAAGGUCUCAUGCUAUGUUUCUGAUGAUGGUUCUGCAAUGUUGACAUUUGAAGCUCUAUCAGAAACAGCUGAAUUUGCAAGGAAAUGGGUACCAUUCUGCAAAAGAUACAACAUUGAGCCUCGAGCUCCUGAGUGGUACUUUGCUCAGAAGAUUGACUACUUGAAGGAUAAAGUUCAGCCAUCCUUUGUAAAAGAUCGCAGGGCUAUGAAGAGAGAAUACGAAGAAUUCAAAAUUCGUAUCAAUUCCCUUGUUGCCAAGGCCCAAAAGGUUCCUGAAGAAGGAUGGAUUAUGCAAGAUGGUACACCAUGGCCUGGAAAUAAUACACGAGAUCACCCAGGAAUGAUCCAGGUUUUUCUGGGCCAAAGUGGGGGCCUUGACAGUGAUGGAAAUGAGUUGCCAAGGUUGGUAUAUGUUUCUCGUGAGAAGCGUCCAGGUUUUCAGCAUCACAAAAAGGCUGGUGCUAUGAAUGCACUUGUCCGAGUGUCUGCAGUUCUUACAAAUGGUCCAUUCUUGUUGAAUCUUGAUUGUGAUCACUACAUAAACAACAGCAAGGCCUUGCGGGAGGCAAUGUGCUUCCUCAUGGACCCAAACCUUGGGAAAUAUGUGUGCUAUGUUCAAUUUCCACAGAGGUUUGAUGGUAUAGACAAAAGUGAUCGAUAUGCUAACCGCAACACUGUCUUCUUUGAUAUCAACUUGAGGGGUUUAGAUGGAAUUCAGGGCCCUGUGUAUGUGGGCACAGGAUGUGUCUUCAAUAGAACAGCACUAUAUGGUUAUGAACCUCCUCACAAACCUAAGAAUAAGAAACCUGGGGUGUUAUCUUCCCUCUGUGGUGGAUCUAGAAAGAAAAAUUCUAAAUCAAGCAAGAAAGGUUCUGAUAAAAAGAAAUCUGGCAAGCAUGUUGAUCCGACUGUUCCUAUUUUCAGCUUGGAGGAUAUAGAGGAAGGCGUUGAAGGUGCUGGAUUUGAUGAUGAGAAGUCACUGCUCAUGUCCCAGAUGAGCCUCGAAAAAAGAUUUGGUCAAUCUGCAGUUUUCGUUGCGUCGACCUUAAUGGAGAAUGGUGGUGUUCCACAGUCUGCUACUCCCGAAAAUCUUCUAAAAGAGGCCAUUCAUGUCAUUAGUUGUGGUUAUGAAGAUAAGACGGAAUGGGGAAGUGAGAUAGGAUGGAUUUACGGCUCUGUCACAGAAGAUAUUCUCACAGGAUUUAAAAUGCAUGCACGCGGAUGGCGAUCAAUUUACUGUAUGCCGCCUAGGCCAGCCUUCAAAGGAUCAGCUCCAAUCAAUCUCUCAGAUCGUUUGAAUCAAGUGCUCCGGUGGGCCUUGGGAUCUGUCGAGAUUUUAUUCAGCAGGCAUUGCCCUAUAUGGUAUGGCUACCAAGGAAGGCUAAAAUGGCUAGAAAGAUUCGCAUAUGUCAACACCACAAUAUACCCCGUCACCGCCAUUCCUCUCCUACUUUACUGCACGUUGCCCGCCGUCUGCUUACUCACGGGGAAGUUCAUCAUCCCACAGAUUAGUAAUCUCGCGAGUAUCUGGUUUCUAUCCCUUUUUUUGUCCAUCUUCGCCACGGGCAUACUCGAGAUGAGGUGGAGCGGCGUCGGGAUCGACGAGUGGUGGAGGAACGAGCAGUUCUGGGUCAUCGGAGGUGUCUCAGCUCAUCUCUUUGCCGUCUUCCAAGGCCUUCUCAAGGUGCUCGCUGGAAUCGACACCAACUUCACUGUUACAUCCAAAGCCUCGGACGAAGAUGGAGACUUCGCCGAACUUUACAUGUUCAAAUGGACCACCCUCCUCAUUCCCCCCACCACCCUCCUCAUCGUAAACUUGGUGGGCGUCGUCGCAGGCAUCUCCUACGCCAUCAACAGCGGAUACCAGUCGUGGGGCCCCCUCUUCGGCAAACUUUUCUUCGCUUUCUGGGUGAUCGUUCAUCUCUAUCCUUUCCUCAAAGGUCUUAUGGGUCGCCAGAAUAGGACGCCCACCAUUGUCGUCGUGUGGUCGAUUCUGCUUGCUUCGAUCUUUUCUUUGCUAUGGGUUCGGAUCGACCCGUUCACCACGAAAGUCACCGGCCCCGACGUCGAGCAGUGUGGCAUCAACUGCUAGGUAAAAGGCUUCUCUUCUUCACGGGUGGGUGGUGUACGUUGGGUGCAUGUUUUUUGUCUGGGUUGAAGAUGAUCAUAUUGGUAUUGUGAUUAUUUAUGUGCUUAUUAUAUUCUUUAGAGAGUGAUAUACUUGAAGCUGCUAUAAUUAUUGGUUGUCUGAGAAGAUCACAUGAAAUUGUAUGUUGUAACUUAUAAGCCAAUUUAUACUCCUUUCUUUUUGUCGAUAUAAAUGUGUUAAAGUUAAUUGAAAUAAUAGUUAAAUAGUUUUCGUGCU